GCUGACUCUCAGCAGUCAUUUCAGUGUUCUUCGCCGACCUUCGCUGCAGUGUUCACGGGGAUCUAAGACCAUCGUCUCUGCUUUUAUUCAUCCGACCAGCUUGUCAAAUAAUGGCUAGUCAAUCACAGGGCAUUCAGCAGCUGUUGCAGGCUGAGAAACGAGCAGCAGAGAAGGUUGCAGAGGCCAGGAAACGCAAGAAUCGUCGUCUGAAGCAGGCUAAAGAGGAAGCCCAGGCUGAGAUUGAACAGUACCGCAUGCAGAGGGAGAAGGAGUUCAAGACCAAGGAGGCAGCGGCCUUGGGUUCCCAUGGCAACUCUGCUGUGGAGGUGGACAAAGAGACGCUGGAUAAGAUGAGCCGCAUCCAGAAUAGCUACCAGCAAAACCGCGAAGCUGUGCUGGGCAGCCUGCUGAAGAUGGUGUGCGAUAUCAAGCCCGAGAUUCAUGCCAACUACCGCGUGGCUGGAUAAAAAGCCUCCCCACACUCCCUUCCUCCUGCCGGCCCCCCCCCCAUCCCCCAUCCCACAUCCCAUAUCCCAUUCAACACAUGAACCUAGGAGGCACUGAGACGAGACCUGCCACUGUGUGGCCACCACACCUUCACUACAUAGUAUUGCUGUACACUCACCUAGUUAACACUGUUCCCGGUUAUCCACCUUUUGUGUAUUGCGAGCACCAUGCUUACUUCUAAUGGGCUUUAUUCAUUAAAGUACACUGUUGUUUAGGCAAAAUAUUUUGUGGGGGGUUUUAAGUGGUGUUUCCUCGCAGUGUCUUACUUUACCAUCUGUAGAACAUACUUGGGGAAUAUUUCAGGGUGAGUUGCUUGUGUAGUUACAGAUCAGAAGUGUCAAGUCAGCAUCAGCUUGUGUUUGGCAGACACAGUGCAGUGUUCUCGUGCCUCCGUGGUGCUCCCUUGCUUGUAGGGUCUCAAAGAUCAGUAGACUGACUUUUUUUUUGUGUUGAUGGACACUUGUGAGUUUGUAUGUGUGUGUGUGUGUGUACGUCUUGCUAUGCAAUGUGAUGUUUAUUUAUGAGUAACACUUAACUGUCUUAUCAGAACAGCAUGUGGAGAUAUAAAAAGGGAUUGAGUUUGUCCUCUUUCCUAAUACCAUGGGAUGAUCAAAAUGAUUAAAAAAUGAUGACUAUUCCAGUUGCUGUACCUCUGUGUGAUUUCACCAUCCUUCCCCUUUUCUUUUCUCAACCCUGUACUCUCAGUGGCUUUCUGAAUCUUUAUGUAUAGAUGACAUUCCUCUGUUUACAGUUGAUGCUGCAGCACAGCAAAACAGUAAUAAAUGGUUCUGAUGGUGUA